UCCGUGAUUCUAAAUCGCAGUGCCAAAAUAAAAGAAUAAGAUCUUACAAAUGUCAGCACGUCAUCACUCCAGAGAAAACAUGAUUAGGUUAUAGUUAUAAAUCUGCCUGUCCAUAUUCACUUUUAUUACUGUGUGCCGAGCACCAUGCAAUUUGAACAAUUUUACUAUCAGGCAAAUAACGAGAAUAGCCAACAUGGCGGGCAUGAAGGGAUGUCUUUCGGAGCUCGAAAAGAAAAUGCUUGAUAGUAUCUCAGAUGGAAAAGUUGACGAAGUGAAGCAUUUACUGAAUGAGCCAGAUGUACGAGUAGACUGCAUGGACACGCAUGGCAUGACCCCUCUGCAGCAUGCAGCCUACAAGGGCAAAAAGGCUGUAUGUGAACUCCUGCUGGCACAUGGGGCUAAUGUCAACUCUCACGAGCAUGAGUAUGGCUAUACUGCUCUCAUGUUUGCUGCACUGUCAGGUAACACAGAGGUUGUCAAACUUAUGCUGGAUGCUGGUGCUAGAACUGACUACAUAAAUUCUGUUGGGAGAAAUGCUUCGCAGAUGGCAGCUUUCACAGAUAUCGUUGUAUUUGAGAGACAACAAAUGCCUGUUAGAAAACUCAGAAAAAGUGACCAAAGUUUUAGAUCUCAUCUGUGAGAAGAAUAUGAAGUCCAAAGAAACCAAUGACAUCCGUGCCAUGAAGUCUCACUACAUGUCCUUCCUUGUCAAACAGUGUCACAAAUUCUGGCAGGACAAGCAGGAGAAUUUGUCUGCAUGGAUAAAAAGUUUGCUGAGGGCUAGAGAGGGUGAUGGAACGCAGGAAGUAAUGGAGCAGUGCGUAAGACAGGCACUUAAGGAAUUUCCAUAUGUGGAAUCAAAACUACUACAGCAGAUUGUGCCUACAUUGGCAAAAAAGAAAAUCGGUGAGCAGCCAGAUGCUCUAAUGAUAUUAACCCAGGCACUGAAUGGACAGCAGUUUGGCAGUGAUGAUACUGCAUGUGAUACCUGUGGGGAAACAGGGGCAGAAAAGAAAUGUUCAGCAUGUAAAAAGGUUGUGUACUGUAACCAAGUGUGUCAGAAGCUUCACUGGUUUACUCAUAAAAAGUUCUGUAAACAGUUAGCAGAGCAGUACCAAAAGGAACAAGGACGUCUAAAGCAAGAACAAGAAGCUGUAUUAGAAAGUAUGAAUACAGUAAAAGAGGCUGAGAAAGAAAUUAGAGAAUUAAAUGUUGAAGAGGACAAACCUGGUGCUGGAGAAAAUUUGAUGCCUACAACAAAAGAACAGUAAAUCAACACAUUUUGUCCAAAAGUAAAUAUUUUGGACCUGGACCUGCUCUUGUUAUGAUCCAUUAUUAGAGGUUAAGCAAACGACGAACAAUGAAGACGAAAUACGAAAACUAGGUUCAUACAUCAUAAGUUGUAGCGGCUGUUUCUUAAACACCGAACAAGGUAUACAAAAACAAUAGAGCAGGAUGAGAAAAAAAUGCUCAAUUUGUAGCGAUUUUAUAUUCGUUUUCACUUAUGAUAAACCAACUUGAAGGCAAUCAUACAAAGAAACAUGUGAUUUAACGCGUUAUCAAACGUGUAUUAAUGUGUGAACGAACUCAAUUGGUACUUACUUUUUUUGACGAGGAAUUCAUAAAAUCUUCGUAAAUUGGAAGAAAGAACUACGAAAAACAAGGUUAUGAUAAGCACAAAGUGAUGAUGUAGUGCACAUGUUCGUCCUUCGUCUUAGUUGUUCUCUAUUGUAACAAAUUCCUUGGUGCCCCAGAGGCAGUGAAAGGGUUCGUUUUACCUCAGAGAAAUGUCUAUUACAUGUGUUUUACCAAACUAUAAAACUUGCCAAGCUAAAAAAUGAAUGGUUUGAUGCAUCUCUGUCUUCUCAUAUACUGUAAGCACAUGUUCUUCUUCAAACUGUAACAAUUGUAUAAUUGUGUGUUGUGUUCUAAAUCGUGUAUAUUAAUAACUGGCUGUUGUAUUAUUUGUAAUUAAGGUAAAUCUGUCACUGGUGAAUCAGCCAAAGAAUGAAAAUAUUCACAUUGUCUGCCAACUUUAGAAAUUUUGUUGUAAGAACUCUUCUUUGUAUAUACAUAUUUUUGGAAGAAUUUGUAUAUAGGGUUGAUAAAGAAGCAUACACAAAUUAAGAUUUAAAAAAUCACCAGUCGUCCACUAUGAUGUGCGGAAAUUUUACAUUAUACUACACUAUGGCUCAUUCAGUAGCUUUUCUAACAUCUAGGUGACAUGCAGUAGGCAAAUGAUAGUCCAAAUACUCAACCCCUGCAGUGAAGGAUUUUGUAGUUUUCAUUGAUGAUGGCCUUCUUCUUGACUUGUAGCCAGCUGUACAUUUCAUUGUGGUAAGAAUGGGGCAAGAUUUUCGACUUUUAGACAGGCUCAUAAAACUCUUCAAUAGAUCAGCUAUAUCCCUUUUCUAACCUUUUAAAAAAACACUCAAGGCCUGUGCAUACAAGAGUGUGCACAGUUGUUGGAUUGUUACUGAAGGUGUAAAAUUACCAUAAUCUAAAUGUUUCAAAAGGGACAUGUAUUCUUGACAGAGAGCAAAUCCUACAUUUCAAUGGAAAGAGGAUUAAGAGCAGAUGGCAGGUGUGCAGAAGAAGGAUAAUAAAUCAGUUUUUAUGUACAGACACAUGUUGUGGCCAUCAUCAUCGGCCCCUAACGACUUUCAGAGAUAACAUAAGUGGAAACUGUUUCACUUAUUGUCUUCAAACUCACAGAAUUGAUUAAUAUUCAUGAAAUUCAGGUGAAGUUUAAAAAUCAGCUUGAUCAGACCAUUUUUACAAAAGUUAUACGUUUUUUUUUUUUUUCCACUUUUUAGCAUAUAUGCAAUGCAGAGAACACACUAAGGGAAAAAAUGGUUGAUCUAUUGUCUUCAAACUUACAGGAAUGAUCAAUAUUACUUAACUACAGGUCAAGUUCAAACACCUGCCUGAUCGCCUUAUUUUAAUGCAUUUUUUUAGAAGUGUGCCUUUUUCACAUAUUGGCAUUUUCAAAUUGUGACUUUGAACUUCCAUCUACCUGAAGACCUUUGCUAGUUACGUUUUCUAAAUAUCUUAGUAACCUGCAGUGCAUAGUUAAAAAUUGGUGAUGAUUAUGCUGUUAAGCAUUAUGUAAUAUUGCAUCAAAAUUGAAGAAACCCUAUUUUGGGCACUGCAGAAAGACCAUGCCAGUUAUAAUUAUCAAACUUAAUGAAAAUAAACAUAGGACUUAAACACAUCUUGAAUUGGAAAAACAGUCUGAUUGCAUUUUAUUCUGGAAGCAGUGCAGUUCUUUUUGGAAUUUUCAUAAUUCACAUAUUGGCAUUUUCAGUGUGGGACUUAGAACUCCCAAAUAGUGCAUGUAGUAACUUUUCUGAUUGUCCAUGUUAGGUAUAGUAGAUGGUUAAAAUUGGUGGUGAUUAUGCUGUUAAUCAUAAAUUAAAGGGAUAAUAACUCUUCGUUUUGGUCAAAAAAUA